CUGUUUAGCUUUUGAACCGAAGAAGAUCCGCCUAGAUUGGGCCUGCUCGUCUCUGUAAUGCCCGCAGUGCCGACUCUCUGCUGCUCUCCGCGCUGCUGUUCCGCUGGCCGGCACUUCCUGCUGCUGCUGUUGCUCGGCGCCUUCCUCGCCAGCUCCGUCUCCAAGCCGAUCAGAUGUGCCCCUUGCACAGCGGAGAAGACGGCCCUGUGCCCGCCUGUGACAGCUAGCUGCCCAGAGACGGCCCGCCAGCCCGGCUGUAGCUGCUGCCAGGCCUGCGCGUUGAAACUGGGAAGCUUGUGUGGCGUCUACACGGCGCGGUGUGGCAAGGGUCUGAAAUGCCAGGCACGUCAGGAGGAUGCCCAACCUAUUGCUGCCCUCCUCCAGGGGAAAGGAACCUGCGUACAAGCCCAAGGAGACGAGUCGUGGAGCACGGAAGCUUUCGAGGCAAGUGAUUUUGAGGAUCCUGAAAACGUAACACCUGAAAGUGCUGAAAUGACACAGGAGCAACUGCUGGCUAAUUAUCACCUGGCUUUUGCCAGUGGACAUGACAAACCGGCUCUCUGGAAUGCCAUCAGUUUUUAUGAAAGCAUGAGAGCAGAGAGAAAUAGCGGUCUAAACAAAAAAGAGAAUCCAUGUCAAACGGAACUCCAGAAAACCCUUGACAGAUUAAGUGCAAUUUAUCAGAGCCCCGAAGGGGAGAUCUCCAAGUUUUAUUUGCCCAACUGCAGCAAGAAUGGGUUUUAUCAUAGCAAACAGUGUGAAACUUCACUGGACGGGGAACCUGUUCUAUGCUGGUGUGUCCAUCCGUUAAAUGGCAAGAGGAUUUCUGGAUCACCAGAGGUUAUAGGAGAUCCUAAAUGUCAUCAGUAUUUCAGUGUGCAAAACUGAAAGCAGAAACCCUGUAAAAUAUUUACUGUCAUAUAGGUCUUUUGAUUAUACAAACACUAUUUAUAUA